AUGGUGGGCGAACCCAACCUGGAGGGCGAGGUCAGGGCCACGCAGGCAAGACGCAGCGAGGGCCUGGAGGGCGGGCGCAGGUCAGAUGAGUGGAGAAUGCAGCUCUCUCAGCCUGCCCAGAGCCCGCUGCAGCUGCUGCCUGAGGCCUCUCGGGGCAGAGCCUGCUGCACCCAGUGCCAGAGGCCCCAAGCCGGGACUGGGGUGAAGCUAGGAGCAAAGGCUCUGCCUGAGAGCCCUGAGGCCGGGGCCAUGCGGAUGCGGUGCAACCCAACCUGGAGUGCAGGCUCGGGCCAAGCAGGCUGCAGGCUGCCUCCCAGGCACACGGGUCCCGUGGAUGCCACGUCAGAUGUGCAGAGGUUGCAGCCCUCCCCUCCCCACCCAGAACCCGCCGAAGUGGUCGCCCAGAGCCCUUCAGGCUUAGCAUCUUCCCCCUGCUUCAACUUGGACGCAGAGCAGCCGACAACCUUCCGCAUGGACAGUGCUGGGUUUGGACACGGUGAGGUCCAGUCCGCCCACUCCUGGUGGGGGCUCCCAUCACUCCCCUACCUGCGCAUGGCUGUCUUCCCCGCAAUGCCCCCGUUAUUUGCAAACCUUCUUCUCUGUCUGGUGCGGGUUGUGGUUGGAGCCCCCCAGGAGAUAAAGGCUGCCGGCCAAACAGGCGGCCUCUACCAGUGUGACUACAGCGAGCCCACCCGCCUGCAGGUCCCCCCAGAGGCUGUGAACAUGUCCCUGGGCCUGUCCCUGGCAGCUGCCACCAGCCCCUCCCAGAUGCUGGUGAGCCUGUGGCCCACCAUGUACUGUGCAUGCAGGGACAGCGUGCACUUGACUGGGUUCUGCUUCUUGCUGGCUCCCGGCUCCCGGCUGCCCUGCAGGGUGAGCGUUCUGGGCCUCCAGUGUCCAAGACAGAAGCAUGACAUUGUAUUCCUGAUCGGUGGCUCGGGAAGCAUCUCCUCUGACAAUGUCAUGAAUAACUUCCUGACGAGCCAGUUCCAGAGGCCCAGCGCCCAGUUCUCCCUGAUGCAGUUCUCCAGCACAUUCCGGACACGCUUCACGUUCAACGACUUCAUGCACAGUUUACACCCCCUAAGCCUGCUGGAUUCCGCACGCCCGCUGGGAGGAGCCCUCACAGCCACAGCCAUCCAGUCCUGUGAAAACCAACCGUUCACUGCUUCAAGUGGGGGCCACAAGGGUGCCACCAAGGUCCUCAUCUUCAUCACCAACGAGAAACUGGGCGACCGCCUGGAUCACAGGGAUGUCAUCGCUGAGGCUGAGGCGGCAGGUGUCAUCCGCUUCGCGAUUGGGGUCGGAUCGGCUUUUCAAAAUAUGCAUGCCCGGAAAGAAUGAACCAACAUUGCUUCGAAGCCGUCCCACGAACACAUACUUGAGGUGGAGAACUUCGCUGCUCGGAGAGAUGUUCAGAAGCAGCUGAAGGAGAAGAUCUUUGCCACGGACGGCCCGGAGACCACAAGCAGUAGUUCUUUGCAAUUGGAGAUGUCCCAGGAGGGCUUCGGCUCUGCGUUCACACCCGAUGGACCGGUUCUGGGGGCUGUGGGGAGCUUCAGCUGGGCCGGAGGUGCCUUCCUGUACUCCCCAAACAUGAAUCCCACCUUCAUCAACAUGUCUCAGGAGAAUGUGAACAUGACGGACUCUUACCUGGGUUACUCCAGCGAGCUGGCCCUGUGGAAGGGGGUGCAGAGCCUGGUCCUGGGGCCCCCCCGCCAUCAGCACACCGGGAAGGUUGUCAUCUUCACCCAGGAGUCCGGGCAGUGGAGGCCGAAGGCCGAAGUCGCAGGGGCCCAGAUCGGCUCCUACUUCGGGGCCUCCCUCUGCUCCGUGGACGUGGACGGAGACGGCGGCACCGACCUGGUCCUCAUCGGGGCCCCCCACUACUACGAGCAGACCCGGGGGGGCCAGGUGUCUGUGUGCCCCCUGCCCCAGGGGCCGAGCAGGUGGCAGUGUGAAGUCAUUCUCCACGGGCAGCAGGGCCACCCCUGGGGCUGUUUUGGGGUGGCUCUGACAGUGCUGGGGGAUGUGAAUGGGGACAAGCUGACGGACGUGGCCAUCGGGGCCCCGGGAGAGCAGGAGAAGCGGGGUGCUGUCUACCUGUUUCAUGGCGCCCCAGGACUCGGCAUCAGCUCCUCCCACAGCCAGCUCUGGGCACCUCCUGUGCCCGACACACGUCAGCUCCCCAGCUGGGGGCCAGGGCGCCAGCUACAGCCUCAACCACUUCAUCUUCCGUGGAGGCUCCCAGGUCAGCCUGGCUUCCCCCCACCCCACCCCGCCCUGUCCUACUCCCCUGUGACACCCCUCCCCACCCACCGGUUCCUGCCUGUCCCUCGGAUCACCUUCCUGGCUGCUUCUGACGCCUCCCCCGCUGUGCUGGGAGACCGGCUGCUGCCGACAGCCAGCGUGGGCAGAACCAGCACGACCACCGCCCAGCUGGAGCUCUGGUGCAGCCCGCCAUCGGCCAUCUGUGCAGGUGCCCCGCUGCGGCUUCGAAAGGGUCCUUCUCCAUCACCCCCUGGGGGCUGGGUCUCACCCCUGCCGCAGCAUCUGGGGUGUUUCAGGUUUUAUCAUCAUCCUUUCAAGUGGCAGAUGAUACUGCUAGCGCGCUUAUUAGUCAACAAGUGUUUAUCUCUGUGCUGUGUCCCAUGUGCCCCCAGCAUCCUGCCUACCCACGAAGGACUGAAAGGAAAGCAGAGGUGCAGAGAGGGCCGGCCCUGGUCCUGUUCCCCUGCGGGUCAGUGGUGGAGCCCACAGCUCCAUUCGCUGCACCCCUGCACAGCCCCCAGCAGUCCUUUCUGCAGGCAGCUUCUGCAAGCACCUCGCACCCAUCCUGAAGCCCAGCCCUACUCCCUAAACCCUCCUUUAACCCAGGUCAGCCGCAGACCUCAUUCCAGGUCACCGCAAGGUCCCACUGACCACCUGUCCCCUCAUGCUCCAGCCAGAGCCUCCUCAGGAGGCCCCUGUACAGUCAAGCCCACUCGUGCCUCUCCUCUCUCCAGCCACGAGCAACCCACCAGGCCCCUCGACUUCUCUGCCUCAGAGGAGGAAAUCAGCGUGGCCAGGCACGUGGUGGAGGUGACCAACCUGGGACGGAGGGACCUACCUGUCAGCAUCAACUGCUGGGUGCCCGUGGGGCUGAACUGAGUGGCUGUGUGGACAGGCGAGGUCUCCCCUCCGCAGGGGCCCAAGGGCCACUGCUCUGUGGAGAGAACGGUUGCCCCGGAGUCUGACUUCCUGACUCACUUGCAGAACCCUGUGCUGGACUGCUCCAUUGCUGGCUGCCUGAGGUUCUGCUGUGACGUCCCCUCCUUCGGCAUCCAGGAGGAGCUUGACUUCAUCCUGAAGGGCAACCUCAGCUUCGGCUGGGUCAGCCAGACAUUGCGGAAGAAGGUGUUGGUCGUGAGUGUGGCCGAAAUCACGUUCGACAGGUCCGCGUAUUCCCAGCUUCCAGGACAGGAGGCGUUUAUGAGAGCCCAGAUGAAGAUGGUGCCGGAGGAGUAUGAGGUCCACAAGCCCGUCCUGCUCACGGUGGGCAGCUCGGGGGGUCUGCUGCUUCUGGCUCUCGUCACGCCGCACUGCACGAGGCGACUUGGCUUCUUCAGGCGGCAGUACGAGGAACUGAUGGAGGAAGCAGCAAAGAGACAGAUUGCCCCGGAAACGGGACCUCGGACCCCCUGCUUGCUCAGUGAGAAACUCCCUCCUGUUCUCCUUUGGAGCUGCCCUACCCUGAGUGGUUUCCUGGCUUUCUUAUUCUCACCUAUGUCAGGCCCAAGAAAGAGGAGACAUUCCACCCGAGGGGGGCUGGGGUCAGUCUGCUUUCUCUCUGUGGGAGAAUGUAGUGUUUUUGCACAGGGUGUCUUGCAUAGGAAGGGCCAUUUGUCUUGUCAAGGCUCCAGAUGGAAACCUUCAGGACAGGGUCCUUGCUGUGCCUCCUAGAGGACUGGACUUGGAAUUUCUACCAGGUACACGGACAGCAGCACCAGGCCCUGGUCUCUCUCCCUCCACUAGCCACCAGUGGUCUUUCUAAAGUACAGUACUGAGCAAGCCACUCGUCCUCAUCCAUGACUCUCAUGGUAAUGUCUGAACUCUGCAGCUUGAUGUUGGAAGCCCAGUCCCACCUCUAGAAGGUGGGCUCCAGAGCACACAGUGCAAGAUGGCCUGUCCCUCCUUGUCAUCCUCAUUGCUAGUGAAAUGCUGUCAGCAUCAGCUCUCAGCUUGGGGCUUUCAGUCCAGGUUUCCCAAACCAAACUGGGGAUGAAGCACCUGCACCUUGGCAUUUGCAAGGCUGGCUUCCUGCACUGGUCAGCACUGGUGGCUGGGAGGGAGGAGCAUCCCCUCGGGAGGGACAGUGCCCCAUGCUACUGCAGCUCAACCAGCUCCAGGGUCAGAAGGGCUCAGGUCGCUUCCAUUUUUCUGUGGCUUCCAAUAUAGUAAAUGAAGAAAUGCCAAAACAUGGUUAUUACAAAGUGUGUAUUUUAAAUGUUUGCCUUAAUAAAUUAAAACAUGCA